GAGCCAAAGUCAAGCAACCAAACAUUUUCAACCAGAGGCAUCUCCCUGGAAACUUCCCAGGAAGAACUGAUCCAUUUCUUCUUGGUCAAAAACCAGCUGGACUGGUCUGCUUGUUUACAUUAAUGAUCUGUUCAUGUACAACCCUUUUAAUUUCCCAUCUCUUUUUCUCAGGAAAUCAUUCCCGUCAGUUCAUCCUAAUUCCCAAGCGAACCAAUUUCAAGGGCUUCUCCAGAUCAUGAGCACCCAACCCUUCAAUUCACCCAGAUUCGACUUCAUCCACCUCGUCAUUGUCCUCGCAAUCUCAACCUUCUGUUAUGGCCAUGAAAAUCAACAGUACAGCAGUUGCAGACAAGCCUAUAGCUGCGGCACACGCACUUUAGAUCUGAAAUACCCUUUCUGGGGCGGCGACCGGCCGGAAUUCUGUGGCCGGCGAGGCUUCGAACUCAAGUGCCAACAGAAUCAAAACUCAAUUAUAGAGAUAAACAACACCCAGUUUCUUGUUCUCGGAAUCAACGCAGAAGACCACUUGAUGAACGUAACUAGCCUGGAAAUGUUAUUGAAUGGUUAUUGCGGUAAUGAUCGAAAGCGUCUUAGCAAUAUCACUUUUAGUGGCAGUGAGUUUUUGAGGUUCAGCCGGGCCAUGACAAAGCUGAGCAUCUUCUAUGGCUGCACCGGUGCUACUACAAGGGCGUUUCCGAAUAAUUUCACCUGCGAUUACAAGGGUAGCCAAGAGAAUGGCUUUUACGUCGAUGAAUCUUUCUUGUGGAAUCGGCUUCAGAAUAUCACAAACCUAACCACUAUAUCGUGCAAAACAAGUGUUGAUGUCCCGGUUCUUCGAUCGUCUCUAGAGAAUCUUUCGGGGCUGCAGGAAGUUCUGAACGCAGGGUUUGAGCUUGCUUAUCAUGGCAUGGCGAAUUGCUCCAUAUGUGAGGAGUCGGGUGGGCUUUGUGGAUCUGAUCCCACUACUCGUAACUUUGUAUGCCAUUGCCAAGACCGUACUUAUCUCCGAACCUGCCAAGUUCACGGCAACGGAAUAAAUGUGCCCCUAAAACUUAUUAUAGGGUUUGGCACAGCGGGAUUUACUCUUCUCGUGGCGGGGAUUGCCUUCUUUUUCUAUCGUCGCAGGAUUAGACAUUACCGUUAUGGUGCCACCUGGUCUUGGCCUUCUUCUUCAUCAAUGGCGGAUCUUGAAAAGGCUGGAAACUAUAAUGGAGUCCAAAUCUUCAGCUAUUCUCAGCUGUUGGAGGCCACCGACCACUUUGAUUCCAAUAAAGAGCUUGGAGAUGGCGGAUUUGGCGUAGUGUACCAAGGCAAACUGAGAGAUGGGCGCGUGGUAGCCGUGAAAAGACUGUACGAACACAACUACAAGAGACUGGAGCAAUUCAUGAACGAAGUCGAACUUCUCACACGGCUGCGCCACCAAAACCUCGUCUCCCUCUACGGCUGCACCUCCCACUACAGUCGCGAACUCCUCCUCGUUUAUGAGUACGUCCCCAACGGCACAGUGGCCGACCACCUUCACGGCGUUAGGUCCAAGCCAGCAGGCUGCCUGUCGUGGCUUACCCGAAUGAGCAUCGCCAUCGAUACCGCCGCCGCACUGGCCUAUCUCCACGCCUCCGACGUCAUCCAUCGGGACGUCAAGACCAACAACAUCCUCCUCGACAACAACUUCUCCGUCAAAGUCGCCGACUUCGGCCUCUCCCGCCUCUUCCCCAAUGACGUUUCCCAUGUCUCCACAGCCCCACAGGGCUCGCCUGGAUAUGUCGACCCCGACUACCACGAAUGCUACCAACUCACCAGCAAGAGCGAUGUUUACAGCUUCGGAGUCGUGUUGAUCGAGCUGAUAUCGUCCAAACCCGCCGUCGACAUGACCAGGCACCGACACGAGAUAAACUUGUCGAACAUGGCGAUCAACAAGAUCCAAAACCGUGCUCUUCAUGAGCUCGUCGACCCGUUUCUUGGAUUCGAGUCAGAUUCUGAGGUGAAAAGGAUGAUCGAGGAUGUGGCCGAGUUGGCGUUUCAGUGCCUGCAGAAUGGGCGGGAGAUGAGGCCUUCCAUGGAAGAGGUGUGGGAAACUCUAAAGGGGAUUCGAAGGGAUCCACAAACGCUUUCCCCUGAUUCUGUGAUGGCACAUCCAAUGUCAGUGGCUGAUUACUAAUUUUAAAGCCAGCUAGCUGUGUAAUUUUUGUUAACAUUUUCGACAAAAUUUAAUUGGAAGUGAUUGAUAUUCAUUGUAUAUAUAAACUGCGUGGCGCACUACUGACCAAGUUCAUGUAUUGUAUGCACUUAGAGUUCCCAUUGUGCUCAAUCAUAUAUUGUAUUUUACAA